AACGUUGAAUAUAUUUUUAUAAUAUAUUUGUUUUAUAUUGAAAACACUACUAUAAUUUUCCAUAAAUUUUAUCAUACUUCUAAAGCUUAAUUGGGAAAAAAAAUCAAAGCGACUUGUGUUUUUCUUUGGGCUCUCUGGCAAAACAGCAACUGCCAUUGGCUGGCGUGGCGUGUCACCUUGAGCACCUCACAAUCUGCCGAUCCCCAGCAGUGUCCAAGUGUGAGCUUCUUGUGGUUGGAUUGCCAUUUGGCCAUUGCCUCUGGAUCUGCCUCUGCAACAUUGAGAAUAAUGCUUUCCAAUUUCCAUGUAGUAGUAGUAGCAGCAUGUAGUGUGUAUGAGCCAACUGCAAAAACAAAAAAGAAAAAGAAAAAUGGCGCCAAGAUUAACCGCCAAACGGCCUGCUUCCCUCUCCUCUCGCGGCAGAAACGCAGUUCUUCAGCUAUGGUGUGGAUCAGAGAAAUGGAGGAUUCUGCAGAGCCAUCGCCGCCUCCCCGGCGGCGUCCGGUGCAGCUCCGGCUCGCCGGACAGCGGCGGCGGCGGCGCCCCGCCGCUCGUCAGGGCGGCGGUCAGCGCCGUCACCGAGCUACUCAGGGUCCUGACUCCCAAGAACCCCAGAGUUGUUGAUGAUGAUCUUCAGAAGGGAGAUGAAGGAGGAGGAGGAGCAGAGUUGGAUUCGCCGCGCAGCGUGGAUGAUGUGAUUGCUGUUCUUGAAGCCGAUUACCAGCGAGCAUAUUUCCUCACUGGGAACUUUACUCCGGACAUAUAUACCGAAGAUUGCUUGUUUGAGGACCCGACAAUAAAGUUCCGAGGAAGGUCUAGAUAUUCCCAGAACCUAGAUCUGCUUGUACCGUUCUUCGACAGCCCUUCACUUGAGCUUGAAAACAUUGAAAAGGGGUUGAGGGUUGAAACAAAGUUCAUCAUGGCAACAUGGACACUAAGGACAUAUUUAAGGCUUCCAUGGAGACCCCUCAUCGCCAUCAGAGGGAAUACAACAUAUGAUUUGGAUGAAGAAUACAAGGUCACUAGACAUGCUGAGAGCUGGGAUGUCUCUGCAUUGGAGGCGAUUGGGCAGAUAUUCGUGCCGGCUCCGAAACAAACAGAUGACAUCUAAUUAACCAGCUAAAGCAACACAGAGCACUAGUAUACAUGAAUAUGAUGCUGGUGCUUUGCCACGUAGUGCUUCUCAACCGCAAUGCAUAACUGUACAUUUCCUUUUUGUGAUUACACACAACAGGUGGGCGAAAAAAAAAAGACACCUCGCAAGAAAAAAGAAGCUACUAAAAGAUACACCUAAGGUACGUUUGAAACAUAAGAAUUUCACAUAUCAUAUAAGAUGUUUUAUUUUGUCUUUUAAGUCCAAAUUCUUUAAUUGUGACCAAAUUUGUUGAAAAAAGUAGCAACACAUUCAACACAAAACAGACAAAAUAUCCUAUAAAAAUGUAUUAAUUGUGAAUUUAAUAAAAACUAAUUUGGUGUUGUAUACAUUUUUCCAUCAACUUCUCCAAACUUUUUUAAAAAAUUGAUUUAGGAAAAAUAGAAAACACCUCAAAUAUACAAUAGAGGAGCACAUGAUAUUUUCAUGAAAUUCGAAAAAAAUAUACCCACGGUUCAAAAAGGACUAGAGGCACGAAAACAAAAUACAAGUUCUCUCCAAGGCUCCUUCAAGACAUAAGUUCCACAGGAAUUAAUUCAAUUCCUACAAAGACUCAAAAAUUCAUCAGUUUCAUAGUUCAUAGUAAAUUUCACUUUGGGUUACUUUUUAUUACCAAUAUUUCACUUUAGACCAUAGAUUAACUAAUGUUUUUUUAAUUUGGACUGGAUAAUCUUACCUUUGUUUUAUUUUGAACCACCCUAACUCUUUUCUCAAGUGUAUGAACGACCUCGAAUAUGUCAGCUCCUAUUCAUCAAUAAACCUCUUUAGUUGUAUGUAGACCAUUGCUUUGACAUAGAACAAAGUAGAUGGAUAAAAAAAUUGAGUGCACUUUAAAGUGACAAAAUGGUAAAAUUACCUAGUCCAAAGUGAAAACAUUGGUUGAAGGGUGGCCCAAACUGAAACAUCGGCAAUAAAAAGGUAGUCGAAAAUGAAAUUUACUCUGAUAUUUUUUUAAAUGAAGAUGGGCCGGCCCAUCGGCCCAUCACCGUCGAAUGUUCCACAAGCUUCGCGGCCCAACCCCAACCACCCAAAGCCAAGCAACCGUACGGUCUCCUCUCUCGUCAAACCAAACCCAAGCAAAGCACCCGCCACAUCGGAGAAGAGAGAGAGAGAGAGAGAGCGUGGAAGCUUCUGGAAGGUUCUCGAAGAUGCUGUCCUCCCUGUCGGCGUGGCUGGUGAACCCGCGGCGGAACCCGCUGGCCCGCCUCCACAUGAACGCCGUCGCCUCCCGCCUCCGCAAAUACGGGCUCCGGUACGACGACCUGUACGACCCCUACCACGACCUCGACAUCAAGGAGGCCCUGGCGCGGCUGCCGCGGGAGGUGGUGGACGCCCGCAACCAGCGCCUCAAGCGCGCCAUGGACCUCUCCAUGAAGCACCAGUACCUCCCCGCCGAUGCCCAGGCGAAGCAGACACCGUUCAGAGGCUAUUUAUCUGAUAUGCUAGCACUGGUGAAAAAGGAGAGCGCAGAGCGCGAAGCAUUGGGAGCACUCCCCCUGUACCAGAGGACCAUCCCAUGAAGCGUCUACUUCGUAGGCCUGUUUCUAAUUUUCUUGAUGUAUGAAAGUGAAUUCAAUAAAACGCAGUGGACGAUUAUGUACCAUGUAUUAUGCUAAAAUCCUUGUUGUGUAAUGUGUUAUGUGUAUGCUUAUUAUGUGAAGAUACCCACCGUCAGUUCUCCAUAGAUACCUUUUGGUAUGACAACUGACAUAUGGUGUAUGUUUUGUAAUCAAUUUAAAACUCUAUAUAGCUUCACUUGGAGCUGAGUAGGUAA